UUGAUCCUUUUUUCCACUGUUGUACCCAAUAUAUUCACUUAGUGUAGAAAUGUCAGGAAACAGUUUUACAAGUAUAACUCAAUCAUCACUCUUGGGCACACAUUGCAGACAUGGUUGGUUAUUGAACUUGACCAGGACCAUCUGCAUGAUGCAUAGCACAGAUCAGGAAAAUUGGGGAGUCAAUCUUGGAACAUAAUUAAUUUCUGAAAAAACCUUGGAAUACGACCAAUUCAUUUUGAAACAUAGCUUUUGGUUUCCAUUUAUUUAUUUUCUGUAGAAAUUUUCUCUUUGUAAAAUAUUCUCCUCUAUAUAUUAACAUCUUGUACAAGUAUAUAUAGGAAAGAGGAAAGCUAUACAAGGAAAAGAAUAAAAAAUCUUCCUACAAAUCUGUUCCUAAUUUAAAGCAGUCAUUCUAUCCUAUUUCACUCCCCCUCAAGCGGGAGCAUAGAUGUCUCGAAUGUCCAGCUUGUCAAGUGCCAAAUUGAAAGUCAUACUUGACACUCCCUUUGUCAAAAAAUCUACAAGCUGAUGUUCUGUCUUCACAAAUGGAGUGCAAAUUAAUCCACCUAUCAACUUCUCCUUGAUAAAAGUGUCUAUCCACUUCAACUUGUUUAGUACGGUCAUGCUGAACUGGAUUGUGAGCAAUGCUAAUGGAAGUUUUGUUAUCACAUAAAAGCUUAAUUUGAUCCCUAAAACUUCCUUUAACAAAGCCUUCAGCCACAACAUCUCGCAUAUACCAUGAGCCAUGGCUCUGAAUUCUGCUUCAGCACUGGAUCUAGCCACAUCAUAUAAAAUGCACUUGAGUGCUCUCUGAUCCAGCCUACUCCAAUGUUGUUUGUGGAUAUGAGUAUAACAAACACAACCACACACUUUGGGUGGAAUGUGAAGAAGAGUUGGAAUAAUAUGUGUUUUGGAUAAUAUCUGAAGAGGAGUUUGAAACUGAAGGACUUUUGAAGGCAUUCUAUUAAUGAGAUAUGCUGCAGCAAGGACAUCAUCUCCCCAGAAAGUUUUAGGAACGUUCAUAGCAAAGAGUAAUGACCUAGCAACCUCUAAGAGAUGGCAAUUCUUAUGCUCUGCUACUCCAUUCUGCUAGGGUGUAUCAACACACGAAAUUUGAUGAAUGAUGCCAUGAGCCUGAAAAUUGACACUAAGCCCUAUCUUAAAAUUCUCCCUUCCAUUAUCUGAUCGUAUAACCUGUACUUUCAUGUUAAACUGGGUCAAAACCAUUUGGUGAAAGGAUUGGAAGGUGGAAAAAACAUAACUUUUUCUUUCAACAAAUAGAUCCAUGAAACACGAGUGCAGUCAUCAAUAAAGGAAACAAACCAUUUAGAACCUAAAUGAUUAGGAACACGGGAUGGCCCCCACAAAUCACUGCGAACAAUUGAGAAAGACACAUAAUUUUUAUUAAAACUUGAAGGAAAAGAAGUGCUAUGCUGUUUGGCUAACACACAACUAUCACAAUGAAAAUUAGAAACAUCAAUUCUGGAGAAUAAAGAUAGAAACAACUUAUGCAAAUAGCUAAAUGAGGGGUGUCCUAAUCUUUUGUGCCAUAACCAAAUCUGCUCUUCUGAUGUUGACCUGCCAACUAUUUGAUUUGAUUUUCCAUUUGAAGCCCAGUUCAUAUCCAAGUAGCAUAGACCACCUCUUUCUCUACAAAGACCAAUUUUCGCUCCCGUACGAAGAUCCUGAAAGACACUGAAGAUGCAAGAAACUCCUUCUAUUCUUUCUCUCUCUAGAAUUCUUACACCUCAACCCGAAAAGAUCCCUCUCCUCUUCAUUCCAACUCCUAUUUAUAGAUAUUUACAAGAUAUUUACAAGAUAUUUACUGAUUGCUGGAUCUGGGCCUAUUCCUCUGUAAGCCCUGGUCACCCUUGAUGGGCUUACUCCCGUUCGGCCCAUAUGGCAGUGUUUUUCUAUGGGCUGACCCAGCUGUUCGGACUGAAUGUUGUGUUUUGCGAGUCGGACCUGGCCCAUGUCAUCCGGGGCCUCCUCAACUGCCCCCAUAAUUGCCCCUUAUUUAAUAAGGGGUAAUUAUUGAUGGCGUCUCAUCAUGACGCUGACGGCUCGAGAUAACCACGUGGGGGAGCGGACGGUCAGAUCCAGAAUCAAUGUUCCGGGGCUCGAGGGAUUUCUCGCCUUCCCGACGCUUCGGCCCUCGGGCCCCCUCGCCUUUAUAAUGCUCUAGAAUUCCUCUUCACUUCCCUUUACCGUCUCCAUCAUCAGCCAAGUCUCUCUCUUUCUAGAACAGUGCUAAGCUUUUUCCGGUGAAAUCCUUCGAGAGUCAUUCUUCCAGCGAUCUUGCAGUCCUCCGAGGUUAGUUUCGUUCUUUUUACUUUCGGCAGGCUUCCAUUUUCCCUCUUUUAGAUUCUUCUAGCACUUCCACCAUGGUUGUAGAUCUGGAUGUUCUUCGUAUGAGACUUAGACUUCCUGACAACAUCGAAGUUAGGGUUUGCCCCCAAGACGUUAAUAUUACGACCGGCGCCGGCCUCCUGCCCGGCGAAGUCUUAUUCACGAACCUUCAAUUGAAUGUUGUUAGGUUCCCUCUGCACCCUUUCUUUAGUUAUGUCUUCAAUAGAUUGGGGAUAUCCCCUCUGCAGGUCAACCCCAACUUCUUUAGGAUCAUAUCUGUUAUGCUCUUAUUGAUGCGUGACAGAAAUCUGGACCUCGACCUCAUAGACCUCCUUCUGUGCUAUAAGGUCAGUAAGAUCCGUACUAACGAGCCCUUCUACCACCUCUACCCGUUCGAGAAGAUGUCCAUAUGCACUGACACAAUAAAAUCUGAAAAGGGUUGGAGGGAUAGCAUAGUGGGCAUUAGUGGGGCUUGGUCUUCGCCGGCUGCAGAGGAUUACCCAAUCCCGAGCGCCUUUGGUGUCUGCUCUGUCUCCUCCUAUAAAAAAUUCAAAUCCCAUAAACAUGACUGCCCCUGUGAAACAUGCGUUCCUCGUUUUUGCACUUACUUAUGCCGCUCCUUGGGAAUACCUUGUGAUGACUUGAGCUAUAGUGUUUGCAGGGAUAGGAGUAACUACUUGAAGAGAUACGUUCUGAACGAUAUUCCUUCCUGCUCAGAUCUCCUCACUUCAGACAACCUCUUUGCGCUCUCAUCACUCGGCUACAACAUGAGCAGACUUCAGAUUCCCUCUUUUGGCAGGAGGAAAAAUACUCCCCCAGCCACUCCUGCUGCUGGGGCGACCUCCUCUCCAGCGUCAGCUUCUUCUUCAGCCACCAUAUCUGACACUGUCCCGAGCGCAGUGGCUACUAACCCUGUUGCCAGCGCCCCUGCUGCCAACCAGAACGCGCCCUCCCCAGCUACCAUAGCUCCUGCUGCUGCGGGGGGCGGUCGGGACAAAGAACGAGGCAAAAGGCCUCAUCCUGACAGUGAAAUCGAUCCUGAGGAGGAGCCUCUCAUUAGAAGGACCCGGGUCUCUGGGCCGGGUACUCUCUUGCACCGAGCGAUCAGAGCUCCUUCUCCCUCUGGGCCUCCCGCAGCUGGUGGCUCUGCUUCUGCUUCAGGCCCCCCUUCUAUCCCCAGCUUACCGCCAUGGGCCCCUCGGUACACCCGAACGGAUGGGACGUUCGUGAAACCGAACGAGACCAUGCUGAAGGAUGGCCAGACCGCUAUGGCCUACUACAGGAGCAUGUGGACUCCGAAGGACCUUGAGGCGGCAAAGGGCCUUUCCCAGAAGGACGUGUUCAGUCGCUUUCCCCAAUCUGCUAUGGAGACAUUGUUCGGGAUGAUGGCCAUGCAGAAGCAGGUGGAGAUGGGGAACGCCAGGGCCCGAAAGUAUUCUGACAGCCUGGAGGUGGCUAAUAAAGAAAACGACCUCCUUGCCAUGAAGAAUACCGAGGUGCUGGUUCGGCUUGACAAAGCCGAGCAAGAGAGAGAUGUCCUGAAGAAGGAGAAUGAUUCCCUUCAGGAUGAGAAGGACGCCCUCCAGCUUGAGAAGAGCGUCUGGCAGACUGAGCGGGAAUCAAUUAGAGAAGAGAAGGCAGAACUCCAGCGCCUUCUAGCUGAUGAACAGUCUGCUCGGAUGGCUUUUGAAAAAAGAGCUCUCGACGAGCGUACCGCUCUGAUCGACGCGAUCAGCAGAGUGGGUGGUGGGAUGCUGGCCCUUCACGCUCGGUUCUCCAGGGUCGGUGCUCUUCGGUAUGCUCAAGGAUUCCGGGAAGGUUUCGCCGACCGGGUUCCGGAUGAGGGACAGACCAGCUCCACUCCGGAUGAGGUAGACAAGGAUCUGGGGAUCGAACCUCUGGGGGUCUAUGUCGACCCAGAACCCACCGAAGCGGAACGUAUAUUUGAUGAGUGCCAGGACAUCGCAUCCUCAAGGAUCAUCACAGCUCCUCCUACUGCUCUGCCACUGACCGCUCCCCAAUCGUCAACCGUGGCUCCUUCUAUAGCCACUGUUGACGCUGAACCCCAGCCGAACGAUUCAGUCAUUCACCUGGAUUCCCCACCUCAUGAGGGUGAGGCGGCUGAUGGGGCCGAGGAGGCGAGUCGGCAAGACCAGGAUGCUGUUGGUACUGAGGCGUCUAGCUAGGGCUCCUUCGAAUUCUUCUAGUUCAUAUCUUCUUGUAAUGAUGGACAUCUCUCUUUUGUAAACUCAAUGUUCAAUAUUAAUGAAAUGACAGAACUCUUUUUCCCUAUGUGUUGUGCUCUAUUCAACUUAUCUUCAGUACAUACAUAUCUUUUCUCUCUUUUUCUUUUUAUAUUAGCUUCGCCGUGUGUUUGUACGGCAGGUGCCUGGCGCUCGGCUAGA